UACAACCUGAGACUGAGGGGCAGUCAGAUAUACAACACAAACUUGUGGCAUGUGUUUAUAUUGUUAAUUUUGUUAAUUAAGGUGUCUGCACGGGACGUUCUAAAAUGCCCGCGUUUUGUAGUGUUCUCUAUUGUGGUAUGCGGUGGGAAAGAGACAGGGUGUCCUUUUUUAGAUUUCCAGCUAUAGGUUCAAAUAAAAGGGACGAAACAAGAGAAUUGUCCAGUGAGCGACGUAACGCUUGGAUUGCCGCUCUUAAAAGGGGUCCUUUAAAUGAAAGAUUUCUGAAGAACGCUCGUGUUUGUUCUCGGCAUUUUAUAAACGGAUUUCCAGCAGCAUUGAAUUGCAAAGCUCAUCCCGACUGGAUACCCACACAAAAUAUGGGUUAUAGUCCCGAUACCUUACAAUCUGAACCAAAUUGGGAAAAUAUAACCAAUAUACAGCAUUCUCCGAGCACCGUCUGUGUUAAAAUGAGUGGAGACGAGAAACCGAAGGAUCAUCCUGAGCAUCCAAGAAACUUGAUUCCUGAACUUUGCAGACAGUUUUAUAAUUUGGGAUGGGUUACAGGCACAGGCGGUGGCAUAAGCAUUAAAGAUGGGAGUAAAAUUUACAUUGCUCCCUCUGGAGUGCAGAAAGAACGAAUUAAACCUGAGGAUCUGUUUGUACAGAACAUUAAAGGAGAAGAUUUGGAGCUGCCACCACCAGCCAAAAAAUUGAAGAAGAGCCAGUGUACCCCUCUGUUCAUGUGUGCUUACACGAUGAGAAAUGCGGGCGCAGUAAUUCACACGCAUUCUAAAAGUGCUGUAUUGAUUACAAUGUUAUUUCCAGGCAAUGAAUUCAAAUGCACUCAUCUCGAAAUGAUAAAGGGAAUCAAAAAUCAAAAGCUCGGUAGAAACUUUCGAUAUGACGAAGAACUGAUAGUGCCGAUAAUUGAAAACACCCCAUUUGAAGAAGAUCUGGCUGACAGGCUUGAGCAAACAAUCAAAGAUUAUCCGCAUACAUGCGCUGUUUUAGUGAGAAGGCAUGGGGUAUAUGUAUGGGGGGAUACUUGGCAGCAGACCAAAUGCAUGUCCGAGUGUUAUGAUUACCUGUUUGAUGUUGUCGUCCAAUUCAAACAGCAUGGUAUUGAUCCCAGCCUUACCCCAGAUCAAUAUGAAUUGGAAUAUCAAAAGAACGGUAAAGUUUAGUGGUGUUGAGUCGGAAAUAAAAUAAACGAUGAACGUCAUAUACG